AUGUUGAGAGGAUUAUGGAAACAAGGUUUUGGCGUCGCUCGUUCGAUGAAAUUCUCGAAUGGACCCAUCACUAAUUACACCCAGAGUUUGAGGAGAACUUCUCCAGUAUAUGCUAAAAGAAACUAUGCUCAGUCUUGGGACAACAGGCAACCUAACGACAAGAUCGAUGCGCACAUCAAAGUACAAAAACUUAUGGAUGAAAUAAACUCAAAGCCUAACGUUCUGGAGAAACUAGAAGAGGUUAGUAACAUAAUGAUCGAGAAAAAACUUGUUAAUUUAGAUGGGACUUCUGCCACUGAAGAGAACACGAUGAAGCCAUGGCAAAUGAUCAAGAUUCUAAUGGACAAAGAUUUAAGGCAUGCAAUGAAGGAGUUCAAAUCAGAACUGCAAAAAUCUGGCAUUCAAUUAGGACCGGACCAAUUAGGACCAUUAAUGACCGUUUUGGGAUUGGAAAAGAAAAAAUAA